UUGAGACCACCUUGUUCAUAUUAGUAGGUUCUAGCUUGUUACCAUCAUCCAUCUUCUCGUUUGCUUAGAUUAAGAGAGUUUGUGUAUUCUUGGUGCUAUAGAUCACUAGUUCUCUGUGGUUCGACAACCUUUUAUACUAUCAUUUGACUUGGGAGCCUUGAAAACUUCCAAUAUCAAAUUGGCGCCGUUGCCGGGGAACUAGUAGAUUUAUCAUUAGGAUUUCAAUCUUUCUUGAGACUAAGCUUUAUUUUCUUGCUUUGUUUUGCUUUUGUACAGUUACUAACCUUUUCUUCUAGCUUUUGUUAUUUGUAGAGAUGGCUUCAAGUUACCAUGGGGAGCCACAAGAAGAGGAAGACACAUUUGAAUAUCACAUUCAAGAUGACUUUGAUGCAAGUAUACUCACACCAGCACAACUUGUGAUGUUAUAUGAGCUUCAGAAGGAGUACCCAGGUUCGGCAAAGACAUCCCUAGCACGAAGGAUCCGGUUGGAGCUUAUUAAGGAUCGAGCAGAGCUUGAAGGAAGGGAGGUUACAAAGUAUGAGUUUAAUGUUGCCUAUGACCUUAAAGAGGUAAUGGAUUGGGCUCCACCACUCCAGCUGGAAGGUUGGGUCUAUCUCUAGAUAAGAGAAGUCUUCAUUUCCACUUCAGCCUAUGUUUACUGGUGCAACAAACAAGAGGCCAAGGGUCCUCUACCACCCAAUUCAGCCAAUAAACUCCAAGUGUGUGCCACUCCAACCCUGUACAUAUUUAAUUCUCAUGUUUCUUUAUUUUCCUUAGAUCUCUUCUUUGAGCUUACUCUCACACAAGGGACUGUGUGAAGUAAGUUUGGGGGAGAGUCAACUAUCUCACAUUGUUUUCUGUUUUGUCUACUUGUCAUGAGUCUCAUGCAUUGCAUUGCAUAUUUAUUUGCAUAAAAUUUUUUGAAAAAAAAACAAAAAAAAAUCAUUUAAUUGCAUCAUUUGCAUCUUUAGGAUUUGGGUAUAGAAGCAUUUAGAUUGCAUUCAUGCAUUGGGAGCAAACCUUAUAAAGGACACAUGUCUAGAACUCAAUUUGACACCCUAGUUAAACAUAUCAAAUAGCUUGAGCAUCUCUUAAAAAAGCUUGUAAGUUUCGAGCCUUGAAAACUCUUCUUGAAACAUGUUGCUUGCUUGAUAUUGACAUUGCUCUUGAAAGCCAACUCCAAUUUGAACUUGAACUUAAUGAACUUAAUCUCUCUUGCAUAUGGGCACUUGCAUACUUGAUCAUGGAUCUCAUACACAUUUGGGUUAUCUUAUUCCAUUCAUUAUCCUUUGUUAACCCAAAUGGAACUCUCCUACCCCUAAACCCUUAGCCAUUCUUUGAGACCAACAUUGAUUUGCUUGAGUGAGGCCUUCUUUUUGAUAGCUUGUCAUGUGCAAAAUCUUGAGAGUAUUGGGAGCGACAUAGAUUUGUUCUCAUCUCUUGCUAGCAUAGGAUCCUCAUUUGAGUUAGCAUCUAGGAUGGUUAGUGGGUUUGUUUAUUCUAAAGUUUGUUAUCUUGGGUUUGGGAGAAAAGAAAGAUGAGAAAGAUGAUCAAAAAGUUGAGAAAAGAAGCCACUAAGGAUCAAAAAUAAGAAAUCUCUAGAUUUAGUCUAUUUGAACCUUCCCCCAAUAUAAAGAAAAGAAAAAAAAAAAAAGAAAAAAAAAAAAAAAAAAAAAAAAAAAGAAAA